UCUCGUUCUCGCGACAAACCUUUUCCUCUAUUAAGAAGAAGAAGAAGAAGAAGAAGAAGACGAGGUUUCGUCUCCCUGAGCUGCCAACCAUCAUCGUUGCCGGAGAUUUAGAGCUUCUCUGAAGAUUGUGACAGAGAUAUCUACACAUACGUAUAUAGAAGGACAAAGGAAGAGAUUGGGAGAUGCGAGUGCGCAUCGAUUCUGUCGGAACGGCUAACUCGCUUGACCUAGGGUUUCGUCUUCCUCUUGCUUCGUGGACUUUGUCAGAUGGAAGAAAGAACCUUCUUGCCUCAUAACAGUGUUAUAUAUAUUUGGAGUUGUCAUAAGUAAAGCAGCAUGACGCUUGAGGAUUUCUUUACCCUAACAGAAAUCAAAGAUGGACUCGCCGUCACUUCUCGUGUUGAAGAGCUCGUGUCUGUUAUGCAGAGUAACAAAGAUUCGGUUUUGAAGAAUAAUGGUGAUGCUUCUAGACAAUGGACAGCUGUUGCAAGCACAAUUACUGCUACAAAGAACAGAGAAUGUCUUGAUGUUUUUGUAAAUUUAGAUGGACUCCUUUACUUAAGUAGCUGGCUAGCUGAAGCUCAGACGUUGGCUAACGAUUCAGUUGACAGAUCUAUAGAGGAGUCAAUUCUUGCUUUGUUAGAAGCUAUUGAAAAUCUAAGUGUAGACAGUUCCAAGUUAGUCUCUUCUGGGAUAUGGGUUGCUGUCCAGAAGCUUGUUGACCAUGGUAGUUCUCCGGUUAAAGAUAAGGCAAGAAAGCUCUUUGGUAGCUGGAAGGAUAAGGAUGGUACUGACCACUCUGGACAUGACAUUGAAAGCUGUAACAAAAUUCAUGAAGAUGAGAUGAGAGCCGUAACAGUUAGCACGGAGAGCAGUGGGCAGAAAUCUGCUGUUACUCUUUGUUCAACGCAAUGUAAUAAUGAAAAACAUUGUCCUGAAAUAGCAGAUGAAGCCUUGCUGUCAGGAAGCUCAGAAGAACACAACCCAGAUCACGAUAAGGGUUUGGAACUGCAGAACGAAAAGGAGAGGCUAGACUCGAAUUGGUCUAAUACGAUGACUGAAACUUUCAACAGUGCUUCUACGGAUGAUAUUAUGAAAGAAGUUCAAGAAAAACUUUCUGUGAAUGAAAAAAGCUCUAUGAAGGAGAUAAGUGGUCCCACAAUUUUUGGUACUAUGCCUACUGGUUCGAGUAGUCUUCCUUAUUCAGAGCGUGAAAGUGUUGAAGGCCGAUCAAAUGCUCCACUGGGUGCUGAGAUAUCCAAGGAAAAGCAGAUGGCAAACUAUGUAUGUUUGGGUGAAGCAUUAGCAGGGACAUCUAGUUCAGCAGGACAUGUAGCUGUAUCUUCUGAUUCUAUUAUUGCCAGUAUGGAGUUGGGGAAAAAUAGUCUUUUGCAGAGUAGUCUUGAUUCAAAUGAGGUGAGCAGGAAUGCGUCUGAGACGAUAUGUGGGUCGCAUGAUGUCAGUGCAGCCCAUACUAGCAAACAGGUGCCUUCAUUGAUGGAUAUAACGGACAAUCAGGAUUCAGACAAUUCAUCAAGACUAUCAGGUGGCCAUGGUAGAAGUAGAAAAGUUGAGAGUGACAAUAUAACCAAUCAUGCUGACAACGAAGGAAGAAUAGAUGAUAAGGGCCCGUCUGACAGAAAGAGGAGAGUAAAACGAAGAAAAAAACGCAACUCUUGUGGAUCAAUGACCAUAUCCCAGCGCCUUGGAGCAAUUGACAAAACAACUACCGAUAUUGAUCUUGGUAUAUUGGAUGCCCUGGAGGUUGCUACCAAAGUCGCACAGGAAGUCGCAAGAGAAGUGGACUCUGGAGAACCUUCUCACAGUUCUUCAGAAGAACUAUCUGAUGAAAGCGGGGAAACUGGUACGCAAGACUCCGGGAAUGAUGAUGUACAUACAGGUUCGCCAUCUAAGGGACUAUCAGUGGGUGAAAAUCAUUCCUUUGAGGAACCUCAUGUUGGAGAUGAUGAUAUAAUGGAUGAGAAGAAUGAUAAACCUGAAAGUGGGAUGAUGAACAGUGAUGAUGUUGAAGAAAGCCGCCUAGCAGCAGCUGCUAAAUCUGAGUUAGGCGGAGAGAAAAGCCCAUGUGGCUUUGAUCUUAAUCAAGAUAUUUGUCCUGAUGAAACAGAUGUCGUUAUGUCCUCCAUAUCUACCACCGCAAUUCCUAUGUCUGUUUCACAUUGUGUCUCAUCUUCUGGAAUGCCUGCAGCAGCACCGUUGCAAUUGGAAAGAUCUCUUAGCGGGAAAGGAUCAGCUGCUACUAGUUUAUUUCACCCUGUAUUACCUCAUAAAGUUCCUAGUGGGGAUGUAAGAGAAAAGCAGCUGAUUUGCCGUGGUAUCGAUCUGAAUGUGGCUGAGGUAGGUGAUGAUCAAGUUGAGGAUCUAACUUCCUGGAAACAGUUUCCUUUCUCUUCAUUAAACUCUAGGGGUGGAGAGUCUUCACAUGAAGCUAAUCUCGGGGGAUCGAGCAGGUUCAACCUGGAUUUGAAUUGUAUGAACGAGGAUGAUGACAUGCCUCCACCUUCUGAGUCGAAGAUGGAAACAAGAUUGUUUCUAAGUCACAAUGGUCAGCAAAGCGGAUCACCCGUCUCCUCAUCGUCAGUUUCUCAGCAAUCAGGCAAGGAAGUUAACUUUGAUUUAAAUGACAGGCCUCAGUUUUUCAGUGAUUCACGUGAUCAGGGUACAAACCAUGGACGUCUCCCAUGGCGUGCAGUCCCCUAUGGAGGACACAAAUUGGAAGAACCAGGCAUUUCCAUCUUGGGUACAAAAGUGGAUGUUGACAGAAAAGAUUCUGUAUCCCAGAUGACUUCGUUCUUGUCCAAUGGUAAGUCCAUCGAGCCCACAGGAGGAUUAUACAUGGGAAGAACAGGAAACUCUUUGGGUUUAGCCCCUGGUGUCUCCUAUUCUCCAGCCCCUAUGUAUGGCUACAACGGAUUGACUGGUCCUCCUGGUUUGUCAAUGUCAUCACCCAUGUAUGUUCCUGGAACUGCUAUUCCAUACAUGGUGGACUCAAGAGGUACUCCAGUGAUGAUGCCGCAAAUAAUCGGAUCGAGCCCAUAUGUGCAGCCAACAUUCCCUCAACAACACAUGUUCAUGAGCUUGGCAGGUGGAUCACCUAGUAUGAAUGGGUCAGUGCGGCCAAACUUUGAUCAGAGCUCUGGGUUUGGACUUGAGAUCGGUAACAGAGAGUCGAUAAGCUUGAGGCAGUUUCUGUCACCGUCACAAACCGGGGCAAUGGGAGAGCAUUCGGGAGCAAAUGUAGAACCCUCAUCGAGUUCGUCUAUUAGCAUAGGUGGAAAGCGAAAAGAGCCGGAGACAAGUUGGGAGUUCCCUCCAUGGAGGUGAGUGACUCAGAAAUGGUGGAGAUAGGUUGAUGGAUUGAUUGAUUGGUCAAAGGAUGACAAAUGUUAAGGUAACUUAUAAAUUGUCUUGCUGAACUUUUCUCUUCUUCUUCUUUUUGUUGCCCUUCAGUUUUCCCUUUUUUUUCAGGUUUUUAUUUUAUUUCAUAACAUAUAGGAGGAUUAGUUCAAACAUUGGUAUAUGUCAAGCUUCUUUUUAACCUUGUUGGGUUUUUCUCCAUAAAUAAAUAUAUAGUUAUAAGAUACAGCGAAGCUUCUAGCGGUUUGAUUAAUUGGUUUUCUCUUUUA